AUGGAGGCCGUUCUCUCAAGACAGGCAGCGACGGCUGAGGCAAUUGGACGCUUCCAAGAUUCUUCUACCAGCGUCGGACUGGUUGCUGGGUCUCCAUCUACUCGUAUCCGACCCCAAGCUGAUAAUGUCGUCCUCAAAAGUCCCUCGCAGGCCGGCGACACACUCAACGACGUUAUCCAAGAUACAACCAGGCGCAAUAAGCUGAUCAACGACAAUAACUUGCUCAAAGGAAUCAUCAUGGGCCGCGACGGCCCCGUUCCCAGCUCACGGGAGCUCAUUGUCCGCCCUGACACACUCAGGGCGAUCAUCAACAAUAGGGCUACUAUCGAAACCACGACGGUGGAAGCUGAGUUUACCGAAACGCUUAUGGAAUCGAAUUACAACUCUGCUUCUGUGAAAGUCUCUGCCCCAUUCAUUACGGCUAACUCGGAGUAUUCUGAGAGCUCAAGCUUCAAGAACACAGAGACAGAGAAGUCGAUGUACACCUCUUCUCGCUACCUCUUCCCGCAGGGACGCAUCGAUUUCACUACACCUGAUUCUGGUUUCGAGGAUGUAAUCAAACUUAGCCCUCAGUUCACAAGUGGUGUCCAAGCCGCGCUCGCCAAGGCUACCGGGACUGAGAAGAGGGAGGCCCUCCAGAACCUUUUCCAGGAAUACGGACAUGUAUUUCGAACCAAGGUCCAGAUUGGAGGCGUGCUUUCCGCCCAUACCAUGGAAACAUUCUCCAGAAGUGAGAACGAGACGGAAGUGAAGCAAGAUGUUAAAGCCGGACUCGAGGGUGCCGUCAAGGGCUGGGGUGGGGGCGCCACCGCUGGUCAUGGCAACACACAGGGCACGAUCACCACCUCUCAAAACAGGAAACUGAACGUGAAGUACAUAGUGAACGGUGGUGAUUACACCAAGAUCCAGAACACCGAGGAAUGGGUUGCGUCCACGAAUCUAUCAGAACACUGGCGGGUCAUCGAAGUCACUGAAGUUACCGCUGUGGCCGAUCUACUCCCCCAGCCCAUCAGAGGUCAAGUAAAAGACUUGCUCAAGCCUCUCCUCGGAAAGUGGGUUGACGUUGAGAAGGUGCCCGGCCUCGAAAGUCUUCCGGUUUCUGUCUAUCGUCCAAAGGGUGCUAUCCCUGCGGGGUGGUCUUGGCUUGGGGACACGGCCGAUGCAAGUAAGGCACUACUAGUCAAACCAACACUCCCCGCUAGGUCAGGACGCAAUCCCGCUCUCACGAGCUUGCAUGAAGGUCCUGGGAUGACAGAGCAACCCUUCGUCGACCUUCCACAAUAUCAGUAUCUUUCAACUUACUUCGGCAGCUUCGUACAAGAAACUCCUCCUGGAUCAACGCUUCGAGGAUUGAGACCUGACCACAUCCUCCCCGGCCGCUAUGAGAUGCACGGCGACACUAUCAGUACGGCGGUCUAUGUCACGCGUCCCGUUGAUGUGCCAUUCCCAGAAGACGAAUGUUUUGACCUGAAAUCUCUGGUUCGUGUCAAACUCCCUGGCUCCGACAAUCCACCCAAGCCAAGGUGGGCGCUGAAGAAAAGUAUGGUCCUUUUCGACUCUGGUGAAAAGUAA